AUGCGGACUUGCUUGCUAUUCAUUUCGAGUUGUUUCAUAGCUUUCUUGUCUGUUAAUGGCAGAGGCAAUCGUGCAUUCGGACCGUACUAUUCCGAAUUUCCAUCGUACCAUCGUGUCAUAGUUGAUCGUGAGUUAGACGAUGUCGAUGAUUUCAAUCAAUUGCGACCCAUGGAAAACCAGCAUCUACAAGGAAUCUGGUCUUAUUAUGCCGAUGAGGCCAGUGACGAUUAUCCCGACUAUUUCGCCAAUCAGCCACGUCCAUCUGGUCCUGUAUAUGAGGGAAAACAAAUAGAACAAUGGCCUUUUCCUCGAUUUCUGAGAGUUGAUCGUGUCGACAAAGAAAAUCCUCGUCGAAGACGACAGAUAACUCGUCAACAGUUAUCGAAAAGAUCGUUUGGUCAAACCUACCUGCAAGAUGAAGACACAUCUGGUGCCGUUGGCCCACCGGUGCCUUCAACCAUCUACGAUCAUCUUCAAACAACUGUUGAGGAUGCUGAACCUACCAGCCUGCCUGAACGGAGAUUCGACCAAGGAGACAAAUCGUUAGAAACACGCCCGAUGCUUAAGAAGGGCGAUCCGUUGAAUAGCAUCGCAAGAUUCUUUGGAUCGAGGAUUUUCGGGUUGUUUCAACCGCAAUAUUAUCCGUUCCAAUAUACAGCUCCACCUGGUCCUCCUGGGCCACCAGGACCAACUGGGCCCACCGGACCAACGGGCAUAGGUAUUCCAGGUAUACCUGGAGUGCCCGGAGCAGCUGGAGCAGCCGGAGCGGCAGGCGCGGCUGGAGCAGCUGGCGCUGGAGGUCCAACUGGUGCAACAGGCGCUUCUGGAACACCUGGUGCAGCGGGUCCUACUGGCCCGUCUGGUCCUUCUGGAUCGCCAGGCCCAACUGGUGCCACAGGUCCAGCAGGAACUACAGGCGCAACAGGUCCCACCGGUGCGUCAGGUGCCGCAGGCCCUACGGGUCCUCCCGGUACUACUGGAGCAACUGGCCCUGCAGGACCAUCCGGCGCAAUUGGCCCCGCCGGAGCUACUGGGGCAACAGGCCCAGCAGGUCUAAACGGUCUAAAUGGUGCAAUCGGUCCAACAGGCGCGACAGGCCCCUCAGGUACGACUGGGGCAGCAGGUCCAACAGGCGCUGCCGGUGCAGCUGGAGCGGCAGGCGCAGCAGGUCCAACGGGACCUCCAGGCACUAGUGGAGCUGCCGGUGCUGCAGGAGCUGCCGGCGCGACUGGCCCUCCCGGUCCUCCUGGACCCACCGGUACUACAGGAACCUCUGGUCCCGCCGGAUCAGCUGGAGCAGCAGGAGCAGCUGGGGCAGCAGGCAGUACCGGUGCAAUUGGACCGCCGGGUCCUCCUGGCCCUGCUGGCGCUCCAGGACCGUACGGCCCGGCUGGUCGAAUGGCUGAUGGCUUUGAAAUUUUGGAAGGCGAUUCCGAUGCAGUCCACAUUGACUCCGAUUCAGAAUAUUUUACACAAACAUUCAACCUUCCGUCUAAUUCAAGCAUUGACAAUGUGGUUCAACCUGAGAAGUCGUUGGAGCCAGAGAAAAAAGUGAUGAAGCCGAUGAGAGUCUUAAAGAAACCAACGACAACAGCCAACUCGACCGACAUGGAGCUGAAUUCUACUAAACCCGUUGGAGCACCGAUUUCAUCUGAACCAUCAAUGUUGAGUGACGUGCAACAAAACGAGAUGUCGAUCAAGCCGGAUGAACAUCUGCAGUCGGUGGCAUCGAUGCCAAACACGACGGAAACAGUGAGCCAAGUGUCAACAAAGAAUGGAACCAUCGAAACGAAUAAACCCCUUGACUUUAUUAAACCAAUUCAAGUGCAGAAAUUGAAUGAAACAAAGUUCCAAAAUUCCACCCAGCAAGUAACACUAGACCCGGUUCAUAAGCUUGACAACCAAACAACAUCCACCACGGGAAAGAUAAAAAUCAAUGAAACAACAGAGAAGCCCAUGAAAUUGAAUCAAACAAUGUCCGUUCAUCCAACAAUGUCUAAAGAAUCGACACAGAAACCAGUAAAGUCAGUUCCUACAAUUCAACCGGAGAAGAAGAUGAACGAAGUGACGACGGUCAAACCGAGAGAGAAGCAGAAACCGCUUCAACCGCCAAAACCAGCGGUUGAUUCGAAACCAACCAAGUCGGUUAAACCAACGCAUAUGGAACACAAGAAACGGACGCAGGCAAUGAAGGAGCAGUUGAAUAAAAAUAAGAAAGCUGGGCUACGUCCGGAGACGAAGAAAAAGAAUAGUGACCAAGGGAAAUCUAUAAAGCCAUCGAAACCGUCAGCCGGACCGACAGAUGCGAACGCAACGGAGAAAUCAAAGAAAAAACAAGUGACUGUCAUUCAAGAGGACUCGGAAGAACUGCUCCAAAAGGGGAUCCGAUGCAGUAGAUUCGGUUGUUGAAACAAAAAAAAACGAAGGCAUAAUACGUCAGCG